CGCACACGUGUAGUGCGCUGCUCUCUCUCCUCCCGCUGAUAUACUGCGAAACCCCCACACACACUACACACGUGACACCAUCUUGAUUGAGCUCAAGAGCCAUGAGAUGCAGUAAUAUUGGAGCUCUUUAAAACUCUGAUUGGACCACACAUGGAAGGUUGUGUUCAGUUCUGGUUGCCUCCUUAUAGGGUAGAUGUGGAAACUUUAAAGAAAGUUCAAAGGAGAUUUGCCAGGACACUGCCCAUAUUAGAUUACACAACCUAGAGCAAUCUAGGACUUCCCUCUUUUGAAUGAAGGGGGAUGAGAGGCAACUUCAUACAGGUGUAUAAGGUGAUAAAAGGCACAGGUAGAACCUACAGCCAUCACCUAUUCUCCCCGGGUGGCAAUGGCUAAUACCAGAGAACAUGCGUUUAUUGUGAUUGGAAGAAUGUGUAGGGAGGAAUCUGUUUUGUGGAAGCAGAUUCCCGGAUUCGGCAAGAAUGUAUGUGCAGCAUUCUUCAUCAAUGAUAGGACAUGGGCUGGGCUUCUCUGUGAGCAGGUAAUCUAAGGUCAUCCACCUGCAAGGCAACGGUUCGUAUAGACAUAAUUACGAUCGAUACUCGGUUCAGGGCUCGAUCUGUGUGCUUGAGCACGGUGGUAGUCUUGUUAGCCAGAGUCUCCAUUAGAAAGGUCAUAUGUAUGGGUUCCCAGGACAGGCUGGCUCUAUCACACUGGGAAAAGGGUCUUGCGAUGCAGAGUAGAGGGUUUCCACCACCGCUUGCCUCCUGGCCAACAGGAGUGUACUCUAUGGAGAGUUCAGACAAACAUGGCUUGUUUUCUCUGGAUUGCUGUGGUCAGAGGGCGGAACAGACAGAGCUUUGUAAGAUGCUGAUAGAUAGAGUUGACAACCAGUAUCUUGUUUGAAAUGCCUAAUGCCAGAGGGCUUCCGUUUGAGGUGAGAGAGGGAAGCUCUGAAGGAGAUGUGUCGGGACAAAGAGUGAUGGGUACCUGGAGUGUGUAGCCAAGGGUGCUGGACAGAGACACGUAAGGGACUGUUAGAUAUGUAAACAUGAAAGGAGGGGAGGUGCAGGCAGAAGGGACUGAGGUUAAUUUAGCAUUGUGGUUGCCCAUUCUUUCCAACCUCAUUUUCAUCUGCAAUUGAAGAUAUUCAGAUUUUCUAAGGGCUUCAUAAGGACAGUGACCUGAAAGGUUAAUACUGCUUUUUUUCUACACAUGCGGUGACUGUUCUAACUUGACAAAACAUCGCCUGUCAAUAUGAAGAUAUUACAGAUUUUGACAAUGCUCAUAUGGCCAGGCAGCGUCUACAGUGGGAAAUGAACAGUCGAGGUGUCAGGCUGAGACCCUUAAUCAUGUGGAUUUUCAAACUUUAUCCUCAAGAUAAAGUACCUGGAAAUUAAAGGGUCUUGAGUUGGUCAACGCAGGCAGUUGCAGUGGAGUAUUCGAGAUAUGUUUACCUUCACAGCUGACAGCUCUGUGAAGACUUGAUUUUAUUUAUUUUUUUUUUUUUGCAUAUUGGUUACAGACCAAACAGCUGUGUCUUGGUGGAUUUUCACUUUCGGUGGUAACAACCACAGCACUUUAGAGUUAACUGUUGAAAUUCUAGUGAUUUGAAUUUUGCAUGUAUCGCUAUUAAGUUGAGAAUCUAACUGUGUCAAUUUUCUAUCUGUUCCCAUGGAAGAUGUUCAUGAGAAACACAAGAAGACACUGUGGGAAGAAACUGAAAAGCUCAGAGUGAACACGAUCCUGUUGAGUGAGAAGGUGAAGGUUUUCAAGCUGGUUGAUCGAUACGCUGAGCUGACGGUCAUUUCUUCUGUUCGAGAACGGAGGUUUGUGGAACACGAGCUGCUGGCAAGAGGCCGAGACCAUGAGGAGUGGAGAAUGAAGCAUCUUCGGGGAGAGUUGGAAAAAAUCCGUGCCGAUCAGUUGCUUCAAAGUAGUUUUUCCCAUAACAUAACUUACUGGCAGCAAAUAAAGAGAUUCUUAGGAUUUGACUCUGUGAAUCCAACAUCAGUGAACAGUGUGAAACCUGGGAAUUCAGCAGCAGUGGCCGGAGUCCCGGGCAUCGGGAAAACAACAAUGAUGCAGAAGAUUGUUUAUGACUGGGCCACGGGGAAAAUAUACCAACACUACCAUUUUGUGUUCAGUUUCAAAUUCAGGGAUCUAAACACCAUUAACCGUGAAAUAAGCCUGACGGAAUUGAUUCUGCAACAGUAUCCUUACUUUGAGAAUAGUCUGGAAGAAGUCUGGAAGAACCCGGAGGGAUUGCUGUUUAUAUUUGAUGGUUUGGAUGAACUGAAGGAUGGGAUUGAUUUUACUGAGAGUCAGAGAGACACAGAACCUCAGCAAUGCUGUGCAGACCCAGAAUUCCGGUGCCUCGUGUCAGACAUUGUGUACAAUUUAAUCCAGCACAAACUCCUCCCAGGGUGUUCAGUGCUGGUGACCACCCGCCCCACUGCGUUACAUUCAUUGGAAAAGGCCGAGAUCAGUGUCUGGGCUGAAAUCCUGGGAUUUGUUGGUGAGGAACGGAAGGAAUAUUUCAAUAGGCAUUUUGAAGAUCAGACGGUGGCAGCAGCUGUUUUCAAACAUGUGAAGGAGAAUGAGAUCUUGUACACCAUGAGCUACAACCCCUCCUACUGCUGGAUCCUCACUCUGGCACUGGGACCCUUCUUCUCAAAAGGAGACAAGGACCCACAGCAAGUUCCCAAGACCAUCACCCAACUAUAUUCCUACUAUAUUUACUACAUCCUGAAAAACCACGGCCGUGAGAUCGAGAACCCCCGUGAUGUGUUACUCAGGGUUGGUCAGAUGGCCUUCACAGGAGUGUCUGAGAGGAAGAUUGUGUUUACAGAUGGAGAUUUGAUCAAUUACAAUCUGAAGCCUUCCCAGUUCCUGUCUGGUUUCCUGAUGGAGCUUUUGCAGAGAGAGGAUUCUGCCCGGUGUGUGGUGUACACAUUCCCACACCUCACCAUCCAAGAGUUUGUAGCUGCAGUUGCACAAUUCCUGACCUCAGACCUCAAGGAUACUGUGAAGAUCCUCGCUGAAGCCUGCUGCAUGACAGAUGGGCGGUUUGAGGUAUUUCUCCGUUUUGUUGCUGGUCUCUCCUCGGGGUCAGCCUGGCGCUGGAAGGAGUUUCUGGGUCCAUUUCCUGUCGAUACAGCCUGCCAGGUGAUUGACUUUCUGAAGGGGGAGUUCAAACGUCGGAGUGGAAACACAGAGAACGAAGCCGAUAAAAGGAGCCUCCUGAACACAUUGCACUACCUGUUUGAGUCUCAGAAUCGUGUGCUAGCUCAGGAAGCACUAGGGUCUGUGGAAAAACUUUCACUUAGUGGACUGCGACUGACCCCGAUUGACUGCGCGGUCCUGUCUCAUGUCAUCGGACUCUGUGAUACAAUAAAGCACCUCGACCUGGAUCACUGCUACAUUCAGUGUGAAGGACUCCAACGGCUGGCACCCAGUCUCCACAGAUGCCAAGAGUUGGGAUUGGCAAACAAUGAUUUGGGUGAGGGUGAUUCAGCAGUCAACCUAAUCUCUGCAGCUCUGAGGGAUCGGGACUGUAAAAUAGAAAAACUGCGAUUGGGCAAUAACCGUAUCACAGCCUCUCAGACUGCAAUCCUCGCCUCUGCUCUUGUUAAAAACCGCUCACUGACGGAGCUCGAUAUGAAGGAUAAUAGACUGGGAGAUACAGGUGUAAAAGAGCUGUUAGGAGUUCUGAAUAACUCGGAAUGUAAAAUACAGAAAUUGGGGCUGAAGAACAACAGUUUCACAGCUCUUUGCGCCAGGAAUCUUGCCUGCAUUCUCAGAACAAACCACUCACUGAUCAAACUGGAACUGGAUAACAAUAAACUGGAGGAUUCAGGAAUGAAACUGCUGUCUGAGGCUCUGAGGAACCCGCACUGUAAAAUACAGGAAUUGCGGUUAUGUAGAAUCGGUCUCACAGCUUCUGGUGCAGAGUAUCUCGCCUCUGCUCUCGCUACUAGCCCGUCACUGGUGGAUCUUGCCCUGGACUAUAAUAAUCUGGGUGAUUCAGGAGUGAAGCUGAUAUUUGGACCUUUGAAUAGCCCAGAUUGUAAAAUACAGAAACUACGAUUAUGGGAUGUCGCUCUCACAGAUUCGUUCAGUGAGGAUCUUGCUAUGGCUCUCAAAACAAACUGCUCCCUGAAGCUUCUGUCACUGGGUGAUAACAAAAUCGGAGACUCAGGGGUGAAACGUUUGUCUGGGAUGCUGGUGGAGCUCCAAUGUAAACUACUGGAACUAGAUCUGUACAAUAAUGGGCUGACCGAUUCCAGCACGCAGUCCCUCUGCCUCGUUCUCAACAGACUGAGUUCACUGAAAAUUUUGGACCUGGGAGGAAACUCCUUCACAGACGAAUCCACUCACUCGUUCCGCCGGCUGAUACUGCGAUGCAAGAGUUUGAAACAAAUCACGCUUACGGGGAAUCGAUUCACUGCAGAUGGGCAGAAUCAUCUGUUGUCAUUACGGGGAACCAGACGCGGUCUUAAUGUGAAAGUGUGAGUCAUUCAGAUGCAGAAUAUUAUCUCCUCCUGGAUGGGAAUAGUAUUCGUGGAUUUCACAGUCACACCUCCGGAUUUAAACCCUGAACACCUAAAGCUCCAGAUGAGCGUGAGCCUCACCCAUCAUCGGGCCCAGGUGCUGUUUCACGUAUCAUAGCUGACUGGUCGCUUGCCAGAUCUGUCAGUGUCUGAUAACUGAACUUUGUGGAAAUGCCCAGACAGAAAUGGUCAAAUGUCUCCUCCAACUGCACUGCCAAGUGAUAGCGGAAAUCCAAAUCAUUCAUACUCGGUUUGACUUCGUCCGGGCGAGCAGCUGUGCAUUCAGACUGCAAAUGUUAUUCGUCAAGUAUUACCCUGUUUCGUUGUGUUUUGCAUUUAUUGGGAAGAAAGCACAACAUUGCCUCUAAUUCUGUGCUGUAGUGUUCUAUGGUUCCUCAGGAGUAUGCGGAGGUUCAGCAUAUCAUCGAACACUUUGGCAAACGUCAAUAGAGGCAUGGUGAAAAGUGUGCUGACUGGCUGAAUUCCAGCCUGAUACGGGAACUGAAAUGCCUUUCAUUUUCAGUGGGAAAUCCCGACUGGAUUUAGCCUAGUACGUCAUGGGUGAAACCCUCCCAACCAUUGAGCAGAUCUACAUGAAAUGUUGCCAUAGAAAAGCAGCAUCCAUCAUCAAAGAAACUCACCAUCCAAGCCAUGCUUUUCCCUUCCUGCUGCCAUCAGGUAUAAAGUACAAGAACCUUUGGACUCACACCACCAGCUUCAAGAACAGUUACUACUCCUCAGUCAUCAGGCUCUUGAGCAAAAGGGGUAGCGACACUCAUUUACGGUCUGUUACAUUGUUUCCUCAAGCUCGUUAUUUAUUGCUGUUUAUUUAUAUUUACAGUUGCAUAGUUUGUUUACAUUAACUGUUCCUGAUGAUUAUAGUUUAUGGUUACUGUUCUAUGGAUUUGCUAAUUAUGCCCACAGUUAAAAAAAUAUCAGGGUUGUAUGUGGUGACAUGUUUGUAUUAUGAUAAUAAAUUUUACUUUGAAUUUUGAACUAUCGA